CAAUAAAGAAAACUUAGACUUAUAUUGUAGAAUAGAAGUUUAGGACACGAAGUCCCGUAAGGUGAAAGUGUAUCUUAUACAUCAUCUGUGCUUGUAGAUAUACUUAACCUAAAGUAACCGAUACAUCGUCUUAUGUUUAUGAUUUGAAGCAAAUAUUUACAUUGGUAAUUUUAUCCAGUUAAUCCAGCAAAAUGUCGGAGCGAAAAGUUCUAAACAAAUAUUAUCCACCGGACUUUGAUCCGUCUAAAAUUCCUCGUAUGAAAUUGGCCCGAAAUAGGCAGUAUACUGUACGUUUGAUGGCUCCUUUCAACAUGAGAUGCAAAACUUGUGGAGAGUACAUUUACAAAGGAAAGAAAUUUAAUGCCCGCAAAGAAGAUGUUGAAGGUGAUGACUAUUUAGGAAUACGAAUUUAUAGGUUUUACAUAAAGUGCACAAGAUGUCUUCAAGAGAUAAGUUUUAAGACAGAUCCCAAGAAUACAGAUUAUGAGAUCGAAGCAGGUGCUACGAGGAAUUUUAUGGCCCUAAAAUUGGCAGAAGAGCAAGCGCAGAGGGAAGAAGAUGAAGAAAAGGAGGAGGAAGCCACCAAUCCUAUGAAACUGUUAGAAAAAAGAACAUUACAAUCAAAACAAGAAUUAGAAUUGUUGGAGUCUUUGGAGGAAUUGAAAGACUUGAAUCGUAGACAGCAAACUAUUGAUUAUGAUCAAAUGUUGGAACAGUUUGAUACAGAAGCAGCCAAACUAAGAACAGAGAAAGAACAAGAGGAAUAUGAUGAAGAAUAUAUCAGAUCAGUGUUUGGCAAGAAACAAACAGAUGGAGUUAUCGUAGAAGAAGAAAUUGUUGAAUUAGAUGAAAAUAAAAGUGUUGAACCUCCAAAGAAGACAAUGAAAACAAGUAAAAAUAAAGAAGAGAGUAGUAGCAUUACAAGGACAAAUAAAGAAAGUGUAAGUACACCUGUGUCUAUAAAAACAUCUGAUGCAUCAUUUUGGUCUGAAAGUGCAGGAUCAUCGUCAAACAAAAAAAACUUAUUAGGAAUAGUUAAAAGAAAAACAAACUUAGGAGUUAAAGUGAAUUCAAAUUCUUCACAUAGUAGUACAGUGGAAAAAGAACAAAGUAGAACUGAAAAAGAAACAGGUACUUCUACUCAAGGAAAAAGUAAUAGUGACACAGAGACCAACAGAUCUGGAAAGAUAGAUAGUUCAUCAGGCAAUACUCACAAUGCUCUAUCCCUAUUAGGAGCUUACUCUGACAGCAGUGAUAACGAUAGUAAUUAAUGCAGUCUUCAGUAUUGUACAUAGAAUUCAAUUUUAUAAAGUUUAUUAUAAAAUAAACUUUACCU